GAUCGCAUGUGCUCUUCACGCCUUUCAGCCGCCUAGCUGCCCGACCCGAUAACCAGCGGCUAUCACGAGAAAAUGAUAAGCCCCGUUGAGGCACAAGAGCAGAGCCGGAAGGGAUCAUAUUCGGGCGAGAACCAUGCGCCGAAACGUGUUUUGCAAGCUGCUGCAACGGCAAACCUACAACGUCUUGUCGGAGAAGCGUCUUUGUGUGGUUUCGCUUCUCGCCUUUGCCGUUUUUGCUGUUUCGGCGCUUCAUUUUUGCGAGGUUGCGUUUGAUUGGAGUAAGACCAAGUAUGCUGCUGUCUUCGACAGAUACCGAGACAACAUCGCGGGCGAGAACUACCAAGACAGGCUGUGCCAAGACAUGCCGAUCGACGCUGUCUACACCUGGGUGAACGGCACGGACCCAGAGCUGGUGAGGAAUCUGUCCCUCAUCAGGAAACAACUCAUGCUAGAGGCCAACAAGUCGAGCCCAGCAGUGUGCCCGUUCAAGAUGUGCAUCAUGUCUCCGAUCCUUAUUCUGAAGCAUGACUUAAACGCCUCUUCACUGCCGACCGUGCAAGAUGGCGAGGUGGAGCGGGUCUUUCGGCUGUCGCACCAUGUCAAGGAGCCACAUUCACUUGUCGCCCUUCUCUACUCCUCUGUGGAUGCAGCCAAGCAGGUUGCUUCGAUUGGUCACACCCUCGUGUCUGGAAAGAAUGCCUCGGUCAGUGUGACCUUUGUGACAGCUGACACAGCAGCUAGCAACACCGUCUCUCUGGACGACAUGCUCAUGGUGUCGGGGAUCUCAUCUGGAGUGAGCGCCCACGAUGUGGCCGAGAAGUUAUCUUAUGCAUUGCAGAAUGGCGUUGUCAAGGUGUACAUGUACGAAGAAGAAAGCCUGGCCCUGGUGGUAACUUCAGGGAAGUCAGCCACUGAGGCACUGUCCAAAGUGAAUGUGUCGCUCAAGGCACGCUUAGUCACAAUCAGCCGAGUCUCCCUAGUCGUUGAUCCCUUAUCAGAAAAUGAAGACCUUGUGGCAAGCAGGUUUGCUGACAAUGACGAACUCAAGUACUCGCUGCGGUCCCUGGAGCGGUUUGCCCCCUGGGUGCGGAAGGUCUACAUUGUCACCAAUGGCCAGAUUCCCUCUUGGCUCAAUUUGGACUGCCCUCGAGUGGCUAUAGUCACCCACGAGGAGAUCUUCCCCAACAAGAGUCACCUGCCAACAUACAGUUCGCCAGCCAUUGAGACACACCUGCACCGUAUCCGAGGCCUGUCACAGCGCUUCAUCUACCUCAACGACGAUGUCUUUUUUGGCAAAGAAGUAUGGCCCGAGGACUUCUACACACACGCUGCGGGAUACAAGGUGCGUCUGGCCUGGCCUGUACCGGACUGUGCCUUGGGCUGCCCGACAUCGUGGGUCAAGGACGGUUAUUGUGACAAGCCGUGCAACAACUCCAAGUGCGAGUGGGACGGUGGGGACUGUCUGGGGGCGGCAGCCUCGGUAACGCCCCGCCCUUUUCACCUGUUGCCUUUCCCGAGGCCUGACCUCAGCAAGCUGUACUGCAGCACAAGUUGUGCCAACAGCUGGCUGGCCGACAAGUUCUGUGACCAGGCGUGCAACGUUCUGCCAUGUGCUUUUGAUGCCGGCGAUUGCGGAACAGCGAACUAUGGCCAACUGUAUUCCCUAGACCUAUCGUGGAACGAACAGAAUUACAGCCUCCCCUCAGGCCGCAUAAUCGCCUACUUCAACCUGUCGUCUUUUUUGGGAGAGGGUGGCUCUCUCAUUGAUGGACGCUAUGAGGAGAACGCAGCUGUGCGCCUGGUGGCGGUAUCUGUGCCAAGCAGUGUCAUCACUGUCAUGAUCUUCCCAAACAGUAGUGCCACCACGGUGGACAUGGCUGUCACUGGCCUGCACGAACCCCCGGCUCUGACGGAACGGUUCGGUGCGGUUCACUGA